UGCCGGUCCGCACCGAGGCCAGCAGCUCCGGUUCCUCUUCCCUCAUCCCGCCCCCGCCUAUCAACACGCAGCAGCCCGGGGUGGCCACCAGUCUGCUGUACAGCGGCUCCAAGUUCCGGGGACACCAGAAGAGCAAAGGGAACUCGUACGAUGUGGAGGUGUGUGCUGCAGCAUGUGGACAUGGAGAAUGCCUAUCUGUGUGGAUACUUGAAGAUAAAAGGCCUUACUGAGGAAUACCCGACCCUCACCACCUUCUUCGAAGGGGAAAUAAUUAGUAGAAAACAUCCAUUUCUAACUAGGAAAUGGGAUGCAGACGAAGAUGUGGAUCGGAAGCACUGGGGCAAGUUCCAGGCCUUCUACCAGUAUGCGAAAACCUUCAAUUCUGAUGACUUUGGUUUUGAUGAGUUGAAAGCUGGAGACUAUGUCUUCAUGAGGUGGAAGGAGCAGUUCUUGGUGCCCGAUCACACAAUCAAAGACAUCAGCGGCGCUUCCUUUGCCGGCUUCUACUACAUAUGCUUUCAGAAGUCUGCUGCAACAAUAGAAGGCUAUUACUACCAUCGGAGCUCUGAGUGGUACCAGUCAUUAAAUCUGACACAUGUCCCUGAACACAGCGCGCCCAUCUAUGAAUUCCGGUGA